UUAUUUUAUUUUUUUUUUCAUAAUCACUAAAGUAUUAUGAUCAUCAUUAUUGUACUAAAUGUACGCGUACAGAACAAAUUAAAUUUUCGCGAUUGUUGAAUAGAAUAAAAAUAAACGCAAUUGUAUCAAAUGAUUGAUACAUAUUAAAUUAAAAUCAAUUCACAUAAAUUGAUUCAUUGAUUUUUUCGGACACAUGAUUCAAACAAUAUGUCAGCAACAAAUUCUAUGAAUCUAUAAUUGAAUCUGAUUAUUUGUUUUCGUUUUGCAAUGUUAUGGUCGAUAUCAACUUAUAUUACAUCUAAUCUUAGUUCCAUAGUGUUGAUUCUAUUAUUUCUACGUUAUUUGGUAUCAUUAAAUAAAGAUAAACGUUUGCCUAAAGGUCCCAGUGGUUUUCCACUGCUUGGUUAUCUCCCAUUUUUGGGAAAAAAUCCUCAUCAUACUCUUUGGAAACUUGGCGAACAAUAUGGUUCGAUUUAUACACUGCCACUUGGUGAGCAAAAAAUUGUCAUUCUAAAUGACUGGGAUUCAGUGAGAAAUGCAUUACGAAAAGAUUCUUUUCUUGGCCGUCCUGAUGUUUCAAUGUUUUCAUUGGUAACUGGAGUGAAAAGUUUAAUCGAUGAUAAUCACUCUAGUUGGCGGGAAGAUCGUCGAUUUUUUGAAACAAUAUUCAAAACCUGCUUUGAUAGUCCAAAUAUUUUCAAAAAUCUAGUUAAUGAACUCAAGUCAUUGUUGAUAUAUUUGAAACGGUCCAAUGGUACUCCAAUAGAAAGCCGUAAAAAUAUCACAAAAUAUGUGAAUAAUUUUUUCUAUUCAUUUAUCUUUGGACGACAUUAUAUUUCAUCGAAAUCGUUAUUCGAUUCAGCACUUUUUCUUAGAAUUUCGAUUUUAUCGCUAUAUCCAUCAUGGAUAGCGAAAACCUUUUACAAAUUAUUUGUCAUGUUUAAUCAUCAUCAUUUUACAUUAUUUGCCAAAUUUUUCAAAAAUGAAGCAAAAAAUCAUUUCAAAUCAAUGAGAAAUGAGUCUUCCAUUCGUGAUUUAAUUGAUUAUUAUAUUUUGGAGAUGCAAGCCAAAAAAACCAAUUAUACAUCGACUACAAUGUCUAUCGAUAAAUUGCGAGCCAAUUGUCAGGUAUUUCUUAGUUUUGGCUGUGAAGCUUUUAUAUCAUCAUUUGAAUGGUCAUUAAUAUCAAUGGCUUAUUUCACCGAAUAUCAACAAGUUAUGUUUAAAGAGAUUGAAAAAACCAUAGGCUUACAGCGAAUACCCGAUUUCAAAGAUGAAAUUCGAAUGCCAUUCACUACGGCAUUCUUGAAUGAAGUAUUUCGAUGGAAAACUGUCCUGCCUUUCAAUUUUACACGAAGAUCUACUGAUGAUGCCACUAUUUUAGGUCACUUUAUUCCCAAAGAUACAUUAGUUGUCGCUAAUAUAUGGGCUGUACAUCACGAUUCUGCUAUAUGGGAACAUCCAUUUCGCUUCAAUCCAUACAGGUUUCUUACAGAUGAUGGUAAAACUAUGAUCGGAGAUCAUGAAGGAUUCAUGCCAUUCUCACUGGGCAAAAGAUCUUGUGUAGCCGAAACAUUUGUUAAAAAAUGGCUUUUUAUUUACAUUGUCGUCAUUCUGCAGAAUUUUUCCAUUUCUUCACCUAGCGGUGAAGAAGCAUUUGAUGAAGUAUAUCAUCUAACUGUUCGACCUAAGAAAGAUGUUCAAUUGACAUUUCAAUGGCGAAAUGAGAGUUGAUUAAUCCUAUCGUGUACAUAUCAUCAUGUGAUUUUUUUCGAAAUAAAAAUUAUAUCAUUUUCAAAGCAAUUAAUUGCUAUCACAAUUAAA